CUGCAGUUAAAAAUAGUUUUGACUUUUGACCACAUAAAACACCCACAUAAAACACUCCUCCGCCUCGCAAAACUUGGUUUCUUUGGCUCCCGAUCGACGUCGCCGCCAUCGUGCUCUCUGGCGCCUUCAUCACCGGAAUCGUGCUCUCUGGCGCCUUCAUCACCGGAGAACGGCGUCAUGCUUCAGCAUUAGGGCAUCACAUUUGGGAAAGCUGCUGUCUUCCUUCAUCGACGACUCAACGUGAUGAGGACAAUAUCAGGUGGAGUACUUUCAAUGGCGCCGGUUUCACUCUCCGAUGCCGCCGCAAUCAUCGCGGACUUCGCCGCCUCGGAUACCGGAGCUUCCGAUGCAGUCUCGGUGUACAUCUCACGCGCCGCCGACGCGUUCAAUCACCUGGUUCAGUUUCACAACCGUUGCUCGCAAGGCCAUGUACUCCAGCUGAAAAGCUUGAGGAAUGCAGACAUUGUUAAGAAGGAAGAAGGAGAUGAAGAAGAGCCCCAGAAGAUUCCAGAAGGGAAUCACAAGAAUGGAAAACACAAGAAGAAGCGAGAUUCAGAUUCCAGAAACAGAAAUCUGAUUAAAACUGAGAUGAACUCUGUUAAGGUUGAGCAGCGCGGUGAAGAGAUGAAGAAUCACAGUGCAGAGAAGGUUAAAAUCAAAGAAGUUUCAUGUGCUGGUAAAUACCAUGAAAAUAACACUGAGAAGAAGGUGAAACCUGAAAGGUCCCCAGCCAAUAGUGUGAAGAAGGAAAAUAAACAGAAGAGUUUUUCUGAGGCUUUGGUGGCUGAGACGAAGAAGAAUCAUAAGAAGUCUGGUGAAGGCAAUGGAGGCUCAGAAGGGGACACUUUUUCUGUUGAGACGAAGAAGAGGAAAGGUGAAGAAGUUGAAGGGGAUCUACACAGCAGUAAGAGGAGGAAGAGUAAAAAAGGAUAGAGUGGGAGGAAAACAGUUUGGAUAAAUGGGCGUUUCCCGUUCCCAAACCCAACCCAUUUCGGGCUGAAGGUUUGGGUUAUCUAUUACAAGAAAAGAAAACAUUGAAGUAUUCUAAAGCUAGUGGCCCUCACUUCUCAAGUAGAUGAUGAUAUUUAACAUGGGAAAGUUGAAAGCCUUGUUAAGGAGGAGUUACAAGUAGUAGUUUGCUCGUUGUAAAAGAGAAUUAAAAGAUCUUGGUAUGG